CACUGAACAGGUGUUGGUGUGGCAGUGGAGUUCUUAAUCCGAUGGUGUGUGUUGAUAGGGACUAGGGAGAAGGAAUGGCCACGUGCUGUUAGGGACUGCUUCCACAUCUCCCGCGAGGCCAAACCACGUGUCACUCUCCACCAGAGAAUUCCACGCCCUCUCCUUUAAAACCAUAAUGCACCCCUUGCCUUUCUCCACCACACUCGCUUCUCUUGCUUCCACUUCCAUUCCACCAUGCCUUCUAAUGAUCUCAAACAUCGGGUCACCACCACUACAGCAACCACCAACGACGUCAAUAGGACCAGCAGAGGCAAACGAAUGCUGAUGGCCAAACGCGGCCUUAAGUCACUCGCCAUAGCCGUUGUCCUCCCUCUCUCUCUCACCGCCUUAUCAGCUUACAUAGGCUCCUCCUCCUCCAGUGCCCAUUACGCUUCGAGAAGCCCCUUCUGGUUCCCACCCUCGUGGGCCCUACACUUGACGUGUCCUGCUUCAAGCUUCUUGAUGGGUCUCUCUGCUUGGAUGGUGUGGGCAGACGGGGGUUUCCACAGAAACCCCAUGGCUCUGUUGCUUUACUUCACUCAGCUCCUCUUCACGGUGCUGUGGGACCCCCUUGUCUUUGCCCUUGGGGCAACACGGCUAGGCUUAAUCUUGUGUGUUUCCUUAUUUCUCACCCAGUUUGGCUGCAUGCGCUUGUUUCGCCCUUUCAAUCCCAUCGCUGCUGAUUUGAUAAAGCCUUGUUUGGCAUGGGUUGCUUUCCUCUCUAUUCUAAAUCUUAAGCUCCUUUUUGUCUGAACCAACCAAUGCUUAUGCAUACAUGAUGUUACAUAUAUAUAGCUAUAAUCCAAACAGUGUUGCGUUGCGUUACGUUGCGUAUAAUUGUUCUGUAAACAAUCUGCUUAGUCACCUAUUAGACACGCGUGUUGUAAAUACUAGUCUUCUUUUUUCUCUGGCUUGGAACCACGACUUGUGCUCUUUUACUUCGUUCCAAAAAGAUUGAGAUGUGUUAAAUUUGAGAAGCAGUGUUGCCUUUUUCCAACUCAUGAGGGAUGCAUAGACUGUGUAUUUAGAAACGUUGCAGUAGUUUUGUUUGUUUCACUGGCUCAAUUUUAAUUCAAAUAAAUUUCUUUAGUACCAAA